AUGGCAUCAUGUUCCACUCUUAAACAGAGUCCAUUGCCUAUGAAAGAAACACCCUUAAACUAUCAUCCAUAUCCACCUCCUCUGGCUAGAUAUGAGGAUGUUGUAGCUUGUCCAAGACUCUUCAUGGAUACUUUGGAGAAGCUCUAUGCUACAAUGAGAACCAAGUUCAU